GCGGCUCGGGCCGGAAGUGCUGUCCAGCUGCGGCGAAGGGGAGGGCGGCGGCCCGGCGGCGGGAGAUUCAAACUUGGAAGGAGGAGGAACAUGGAGCGGCGGAGAGCGGGCGCGGGCCCCGCGCUGUACGAACGCCUCACGGCGGAGGAGAUGGAUGAGCAGAGGCGACAGAAUGUUGCCUAUCAGUACCUGUGCCGGCUGGAGGAAGCCAAGCGCUGGAUGGAGGCCUGCCUGAAGGAGGAGCUCCCUUCGCCGGUGGAGCUAGAGGAGAGCCUCCGGAACGGAGUGCUGCUGGCCAAGCUGGGCCACUGUUUUGCGCCCGCCGUGGUCCCCUUGAAGAAGAUCUAUGAUGCGGAGCAGCUGCGCUACCAGGCAACCGGCUUGCACUUCCGGCACACGGACAACAUCAACUUGUGGUUGUCUGCGGUGGCCCACGUCGGCCUGCCUUCGACCUUCCUCCCGGAGACCACAGACAUCUAUGACAAGAAGAACAUGCCCCGGGCGAUCUACUGCAUCCACGCGCUCAGUCUCUUCCUCUUCCGGCUGGGACUGGCCCCGCAGAUCCAUGAUCUGUAUGGGAAAGUGAAGUUCUCAGCCGAGGAGCUCAGCAACAUGACCGCUGAGCUGGCCAAGUACGGCCUCCAGCUGCCGGCCUUCAGCAGGAUUGGGGGCAUCCUGGCCAGUGAGCUGUCGGUGGACCAGGCUGCAGUCCACGCCGCCGUCCUCGCCAUCAACGAGGCAGUGGAGCGGGGGGUGGUGGAGGACACCCUGGCGGCCUUGCAGAACCCCAGCGCCCUGCUGCGGAAUGUCGGGGAGCCUCUGGCGGCCGUCUACCAGGAGCUGCUGGCCCAGGCCAAGGCGGAGAAGGCCGCUAGUGCCCAGACCCGCGAGGGCGGAGAGAGCUGGGACGUGUAUGACUGCCUCCUGACUCAGGCUGAGAUCCAAGGCAACAUCAACCACGUCAAUGUCCAUGAGGCUCUAGAAGCUGUUGAUGAUGCCCUAGAGAGACAGAGCCCUGAGGCCUUGCUGGAGGCCCUUCUGGACCCAGCGCUGGCCCUGCGAGGGCUCAGGAGAGACUUUGCUGGCUGGUACUUGGAACAGCUGAGCUCAGACAGAGAACAGAAAGCACAGGAGCUGGGCCUACUGGAGCUUCUGGAAAAGGAGGAGGUCCAGGCUGGCGUGGCUGCAGCCAACAUGAAGGGUGACCAGGAGCAAGCCAUGCUCCAGGCCGUGCGCAGGAUCAACAGAGCCAUCCAGCGGGGAGUGGCGGCUGCCACUGUGGAGGAGCUGAUGUGCCCGGAAGCCCGGCUGCCUCCCGUGUGCCCCGGCGCCCCGGCCAUGUACCAGCAGGAGCUAAGGGCGCUCCAGCAGCAGCGGGGCGGGGAGCUCGGCCACGAGGAGCUCUUCGUGGCGGUGGAGAUGCUGUCAGCUGUGGUCCUGAUCAACCAGGCCCUGGAGGCCGGGGACGUCAGUGGCUUCUGGAGCAGUCUGGUGAACCCCGCCAGCGGCCUGGCCGAGGUGGAAGGAGAGAACGCUCAGCGUUACUUUGAUGGUCUGGCGGAGCUGCGCCGGGCGCUGGCCGGGGCCAUCCUGAGCUGGAACGACCUGCAGGCCGCCGUGCACCGGGUCAACGCCCAGGUCCAGGAAGAGACUGACCAGGUCCUUGCCGUCAGCCUCAUCAACGAGGCUCUGGACCAGGGCAGCCCCGAGAAGACCCUGUCUGCCCUCCUGCUUCCCUCGGCUGGCCUGGACGACAUCAGCCUUCCUGUCGCCCCUCGGUACCAUCUCCUUCUCGUGGCAGCCAAGAGGCAAAAGGCCCAGGCGACGGGGGACCCUGGAGCACUGCUGUGGCUGGAAGAGAUCCGCCAGGAGGUGGUGAGAGCCAACCAGGACACAGACGCUGCGCAAAGAAUGGCUCUUGGUGUGGCCGCCAUCAAUCAGGCCAUCAGGGAAGGCAAAGCAGGCCAGACGGAGCGGGUGUUAAGGAACCCUGCCGUGGCCCUCCGAGGGGUGGUUCCCAACUGUGCUGACAGCUACCAACGGGUCUUGGAAGGAGCCAUGGCAAAGAAGAGGCACCCAGGAGGCCCGGCGCUCUGGGUCCGACACGGCAUGAAGGACGGCUCCGCCUACUACUUCCACCUGCAGACCUUGCAGGGGACCUGGGAGCCACCCUCCGGCUGCGGCCUGAACACGUCCCACUUGACUCGGGAGGAGAUCCAGUCGGCCGUCACCAAGGUCACCACGGCGCAUGACCGCCAGCAGCUCUGGAAGGCCAACAUCGGCUUCGUCGUCCAGCUCCAGGCCCGCCUGCGGGGCUUCCUGGUCCGGCAGGAGUUUGCAGAGCACUCACGCUUUCUGAGGACCUGGCUGCCGGCCGUCAUCAAGAUCCAGGCUCACUGGCGUGGGUGCAGGCAGCGGAGGGCGUACCUGGAGCGGCUGCGGUAUUUCAGAGCCCACUCGGAUGCUGUCAUCAAGAUCCAGGCCUGGGCCCGGGCAUGGGCAGCUCGGAGGCGAUACCAGAGGCGUCUGGGAUUCUUCCAGAAGAACGUUGAGUCCAUCGUGAAGAUCCAGGCGUUUUUCCGCGCGCGGAAGGCCCGCGAUGACUACAGGACGUUAGUGCACGCAGCCCAUCCACCUCUCCGCGUGGUGUGCAGAUUUGCCCACCUCCUGAAUCAAAGCCAGGAGGACUUCCUGGCAGAGGCUGAGCUGCUGAAGCUCCAGGAGGAAGUGGUUCGGAAGAUCCGGUCCAGUCAGCAGCUCCAGCAGGACCUCAACCUCAUGGACAUCAAGAUCGGCCUGCUGGUCAAGAACCGGGUCACCCUGCAGGAGCUGGUCUCCCACUGCAAGAAGCUGACCAAGAAGAACAAGGAGCAGCUGGCGGGCCUGAUGGUGCUGGACAGACAGAGGGGGCUAAAGUCACUGAGCAAAGAGAAGAGGCGGAAGCUGGAAGCUUACCAGCACCUCCUCUACCUGCUGCAGACUCAGCCCAUCUACCUGGCCAGGCUCAUCUUCCACGUGCCGCAGAGCAAAACCACCAAGUUCAUGGAGUCCGUGGUCUUCAGCCUCUACAACUACGCCUCCAGCCGCCGCGAGGCCUACCUGCUGCUGCAGCUGUUCAAGACGGCGCUGCAGGAGGAGAUCAGGUCAAAGGUAGAGCGGCCCCAGGACAUGGUGACUGGCGACCCCACGGUGGUGAGGCUGGUGGUGAGGUUCUACCGGAAUGGGCGUGGCCAGAGUGCCCUGCGGGAGAUCCUGGGCCGGGUCAUCCAGGACGUGCUGGGGGACAAGACGCUGAGCGUCCACACAGACCCCGUUCACCUCUACAAGAGCUGGGUCAACCAAAGCGAGGCCCAGACUGGACAGCGCAGCCACCUCCCCUACGAUGUCACCCCAGAGCAGGCCUUGAGCCACCCCGAGGUCCAGCGGCGGCUGGACAUCUCCCUCCGCAGCCUCCUCGCCCUGACGGACAGGUUCCUGGCAGCCAUCACGUCAUCUGUGGAGCACAUUCCGUAUGGGAUGCGGUAUGUGGCCAAGGUCCUGAAGACCACUCUGACAGAGCGGUUUCCUGCCGCCUCGGACGACGAGGUCUACAAGGUGGUCGGGAACCUCCUGUACUACCGCUUCCUGAACCCAGCUGUUGUGGCCCCCGACGCCUUCGACAUCGUGGCCAUGGCAGCGGGCGGCGCCCUGGCCCCCUCCCAGCGCCACACGCUCGGGGCCGUGGCUCAGGUCCUGCAGCACGCUGCCGCGGGCAAGGCCUUCUCCGGGGCAAGCCGCCAUCUGCGGGCCUUGAAUGACUACCUAGAGGACACCCACAUCAAGUUCAGGAGGUUCGUGUGCCGAGCCUGCCAGGUCCCAGAGCCAGAGGAGCGCUUUGCGAUGGACGAGUACUCAGACAUGGUGGCCGUGGCCAAGCCCGUGGUGUACAUCACCGUUGGGGAGCUGCUCAACAUGCACAGGCUGCUGCUAGAGCACCAGGACUGGGUCGCCCCCGAGCACUGCGACCCCUUGCAUGAGCUCCUGGAGGACCUCGGGGAGCUGCCCACCAUCUCCGACCUCAUCGGGGAGGGCGUGGCCGCCGCUGGGAAUGAGGACCCAGCCAAGCUGGAGGUGUCCCUGACACUUGCCAACAAGUUUGAAGGGGUGGACACGGACGCCGGCAACACCGGUGCCCAGAGCCUGCUUCUGAGCACCAAGCAGAUGCUGGCGGACAUCAUGCAGUUCCAGCCUGGGGACUCCCUCGAGGAGAUGCUGUCCUUCCCUGGGACAGCAGAGCAGGAAGCGGCGCACAAGCAGCUGAUGUGCGAGCGGCAGGCGUGCGAGAGCCAGACCCCGGAGCCCCUGCGGCGGCACCGCUCGCUGAGCGCGCACGCCCUCCUGCCGCUGGCCGACAAGCGGCAGCGCGUCCUGCGGAACCUGCGCCGGCUGGAGAGCCUGGGGCUGGUCAGUGCCCGCGACGGCUACCAGGGUUUGGUGGACGGACUGGCCAAGGACAUCCGCAACCAGCGCCGGCACCGGCAGCGGCGGAAGGCAGAGCUGGGGAAGCUGCAGGCCACGCUCCAGGGCCUGGACGCCAAGACCACCUUCUACGAGGAGCAAGGCGACUACUACAGCCAGUACAUCCGGGCCUGCCUGGACCAGCUGGCCCCCCGCUGCACGAGUUCUGGGAAAGGGAAGAAGCGGCCGGCCCUCCGUUACACCGCCGCCCAGCUGCUGGAGAAGGGUGUCCUGGUGGAAAUCGAGGAUCUUCCCACCUCUCACUUCCGAAACGUGAUCUUUGACAUCACCCCUGGAGACGAGGCGGGCAAGUUCGAAGUGAACGCCAAGUUCCUGGGCGUGGACAUGGAGCGGUUUCAGCUUCACUACCAGGACCUCCUGCAGCUCCAGUAUGAAGGUGUAGCUGUUAUGAAACUCUUCAACAAGGCCAAGGUCAAUGUCAACCUCCUCAUCUUCCUUCUCAACAAGAAACUCCUGCGGCAGUGACCAAGGCCUCUUCCCCUGCUUGGUGCUUGUCUUGACACUCAACUCACUGCACACUUCCCUACAGACCCCAGGGCUCAGGGUGGACCCCCAGGGCUCAGGAUGGGCUGAGCUCCAGGGUCCCACCCCUCCCCCCACUGGGAGGAGCUUGACUACCUGGCCACAGCCAGGGUCUCCUGCUAACAGCUAACUGGAGCCUCGCCCCAGAGUCUGGCUGUGUGGCUGAUAAGUCCCAGACCCCUUGUCUCCCACAAGGAGGGCAUGAAGU